GGUGAGACAUUACCUUUAUGCCCAUUAUCUUAGCAUGGAAGUGGAAAAUUCCCGUGGACAUAAAGUUAAAGAAAAAGCCAGGCGUGUUCUGUCAGGGAAGAGGUUAAGAAAAGCAGCCUCCAGCAAUGUGUGAGUGGGUGUUGAGCAAUCAGCUAGGGACCCAUGAGCAGCUUGGUAAGAAGGUAGAGAAACCGAAAGGCAGCGAGCGUGAGUGAAGACAGGAGGCAGGGAACGAUCCCGGCCGGGUUUUUUUCUUCUUCGUGGGAUUGUGCAAGUGUGUUUCUGUUUGUGUGCACCUGUCAUGAGCCCCCGCUACGCCGUCCCGCCGACCUCCCGGCCUCAACUCGUCAAGUCUGAGCGAAUCUUCUGAGCCACGUCUGCAGACAGACAACUACCGACGUCGCUCGGUCUCCGAUAUUAGGCUUUAAGAGAGCGCCGUGUCUGAGGUCGACUGAUAGAACCAGUCCUACCGGGUCGCUGUUCAGAAACCAGACAUAUACAUGCGAAGUUCGUUAGGAUGUUCAUGCAGAGGAACGUUCUGCGUUAUAAAUAUUAAUGCGAAGCGUGGUGGUCGGAGAGCGGAGUUCUUGUGCUUCAGGGUGUAGCUGCACGCGGAGGCAGAGGUUUUAAAAUGUCACACAAUCAGACGCUUGUUGUGGACGGUGACGUCUCCGCUCGCAGCCACAAAUCUUCACGAGCUCCAGCAGAGACUGCGCGCCAUCGCUCGUUGUGUCACUCGAGUUGUAAAAGCCGAUUGGGUGAACGUUUUGCUCAGCGAGGCUGAUGGCGGAGCUCCGUGCUCGGGACAGCGCGGCGUUGAUGCCUCUCUGCACCUCGGCUGAAGUGACUGAGUGUGACAGUUGGCCGGGGGUCGCGCUGGCAUUGUUCUCCGCCGCCGUCCUCCGCCGGGACGGCCGGCGGCAGGUGCUGCCGGCCGCCGCAUGCGUGGCCUCACAGUGGUGUUGUUUUGGGAGACGGGGCCGCUCCGCUGCCAGGUGGCAGUUGUUGGCAGGGACAGUGUCGGCUUUGUGUUUCCUCUAAGAGUAACUGCAUCAGCUGCCCCCUUUUCCCGUUUUAAGCAGCCCCCCCCCCCUCCUUUUCCGAUCUAAUGGCCCUCACCCCAAACCUAACCUCUACUUCUCUGGAAGUAGAGGUUAGGUAGAACAGCACAUGAGCAAGUGUAUGUUGGCCCGGGCUCUGACUGUGUUCGCAGGCCCAGGCCAAUCAGACUGGCUAGCACAGAUGUGACAGGCUUAGAGGAAUGCGAGGAAUGCGGAGGCGCUGGAGCAGGCGUGUCCAUCCUUGGCCCGGAGAAGGAGGGGAGGGGCCGCCUCGGUAUCGGCAGACAGCUCAGCUCGGCCGCGUUGGCCAACCGCCGGCCUGACUGCUUGUCGCAAUGAAUUGAUAGCGAGGUACAUCAAGCUGAGGACGGGCAAGACUCGCACAAGAAAACAGGUGUCUAGUCACAUACAGGUGUUAGCACGGAAGAAGGUUCGUGAAUACCAGGCGAGUAUAAAGGCGAUGAAUUUGGAUCAGGCAUCGAAAGACAAAGCCCUGCAGAGCAUGGCAGCAAUGUCGUCUGCACAGAUCGUCUCCCCGAGUAUGAUGAAGAACCAUCUUCCACCACUGCCUCCGGCCGCCUACCAGUCAUCCAGAUUCUGGCCGGCUACAAUCCCAGGACAGCCUGGACCCUCUCAGGAGCUGGUUCUAGAUCUCAACCCGGGAAGGACUCCUGGGCUUGGCCGCACCAGCAAUGUUAUCAAACCCUUUGUACAGCCGCCGUACCCAGGCCUAUCAGGCCCAGUGCAACAGUCCAUAACAAACUAUGAGCCCUUGGCGCCUCCUCCUGCACCCACUGCCACUGCGGUGCCGGUGUGGCAGGACCGGACCAUCGCCUCGUCGAAGCUGCGGAUGCUGGAGUACUCAGCCUUCAUGGAGAUGCAGAGAGACCCAGACAACUACAGCAAACAUCUGUUCGUCCACAUAGGACAGACCAACCCCUCCUACAGCGACCCGCUCCUCGAGGCUGUUGACAUCCGGCAGAUCUACGACAAGUUCCCUGAGAAGAAGGGCGGGCUCAAAGAGCUGUAUGAGAAAGGGCCUCAGAACGCUUUCUUCCUGGUGAAAUUCUGGGCGGAUCUGAACAGCAGCAUCAUGGAGGACGGUCCCACUUAUUUCUACGGCGUCAGUAGCCAGUACAGCAGCAUCGAGAACAUGAUAAUCACUGUUUCCACCAAGGUCUGCUCAUUCGGCAAGCAGGUGGUGGAGAAAGUGGAGACGGAGUACGCACGACUGGAGGGAGGAAAGUGUGUUUACAGGAUCCACCGCUCUCCCAUGUGCGAAUACAUGAUCAACUUCAUCCAGAAGCUCAAACAUUUGCCUGAAAAAUACAUGAUGAACAGUGUUCUCGAAAACUUUACUAUACUACAGGUGGUGACAAACCGUGACACCCAGGAGACCCUGCUCUGCAUAGCGUUUGUCUUCGAGGUUUCCACAAGCGAACACGGGGCUCAGUAUCACGUCUACAGACUUGUUAAAGACUAACACUCAUAGGGAGGAUUUGGAAAAAACAGACAGAAGCGUGACACAAUCUUUUUUCGACCAGCUCAACCAUCCAGGAAAAUCUUCAAAUAAACUUUCAAACGAUGCUAGACUGAACUAACGAGGACAGUUUUUAAAGCUUUAAAAGAAAACGCGAGGAAAAGAAAGAGUCUCAAUGUGCCAACACAUGUAGAAAUUUUGAAGAAUUGCGGAUUUGUCAGACAGGCAGCAACUUUCCAUGUGUUUAAACAUGAUUCAGAUGAAGUUGGUCACUUUUGCCGAGGUACGUUUUGGAGCUCGACACGUUUUUUGAGGGAACGAGAAUGUGUUUGUGGCUGAAAAGAUGUUCAUGAUUUCCAAGGGGACGCACUCAGAGGAGAGAGGAGUGUGUGUGAGGUUGAAAAAGUAGCGAGAACAGGACCUCAGAAGAGGAAACGCAGAGCCAAGUGGAGUUCUUGCAGUAGGUGUGUUCGGAAAGAAAGUGCCUUUUCUCCAAAGAUGAAAUCAAUGCCUGCCACUUUGGAUCGCCUUUUUUUUACUACCUCUUGUUUUUAAAUAAACAUAUUGAAUAGAAAAUAGUCAGACAGGUGUAUUUUGUCAAAGAAAAUUGGAAAGAACCCUUUCAGAUCUAGAUCUUUGGACACAGAUUUUGCAUUUGGGCACACAGAGGAAUGGGCUGGAAUAACUUUGAUGACAUUUUUCAUAUAGUUUCUUGUUUUACAAAUAAAACACGAAGUUUUACAGUCAGGUUGUACGGGGAGAAGGUUUAUUGUGUUACUGCAUUAUUAAUGUUUUGUGUUAUGUGUUAUUAUUAUUUUUAAUCAGGUCUUACAAGGAUCUUUCUACAGUAUAACUGACACAUCGGAUGCCUUGUACCAUCGCUAGUCUGACAUCCUUCCGAGAACCCCCGUCAAUUCUCUUAAUUUGAAGACGUGUGCUUGGUUGCACUUAUAAGAUCAUAAAGUGGGGGUGAAACUGCAGUGCUUAUGUUCUGCCUUGAAUUAUGUAGCCUAAUUAAAAGAAAUUAACUGUUUCUGUACUGUGAGUCAGUGGAUUUUAAAGGAAUAUGUGUUACAUAGGAGUAUUUUAGUGCAGGGGGGGCUUUAUGUUCAUAUUUGUGAUCACGUAACUCAGCACAGAGACCACGGUUAAAGUGGAGAGAAGUUAAUCACUGUUUCUUUUGUUUAAAAAAGAGAUUGUAUGCUGUGAAGCCAAAUCGUUUGCUUCACACUUCUCCUUGUUAUAUGUGAAGCACUCGCUGAUAAAAAGUUCAGUUUUGAUAUUUAAGACAAUUUUUUUACUGACUUACAUGAGAAAUAAUUUUAGAAAUUCAACUAAAUAAUUGUCUUGAAUGUGAGCUGUUGUCUCUGUGCUGUGGAGAAUGACCAUUGAUUGUUAUUUAUGGGGUAGGAGAAACAAAUAGCGGGAGGGCGGGGUGGGGCACUGGAGGUGUUUUGAUCUUUGUUAACUAUGAUGGGGAUGUUAAAAGUAUUGCAGAGUCAUGUUAGAGACGGGAUUAACUGUCAAGCCAUGGGUCCUGCGAGACGAGUGUCUACUCUUUGCAGUUCACUGGACAGUUAUACAGUAAGAGGUCAGAUUUAAUGUAUGUUGGAAUAAUUGCACCUGGAUUUGAAUGUCAUGUUUCACAAUCUAGACACAAUAACACUCCUCCAUUCGUAGGUUUCUCAAAUUAUCUUUUUGUAAAGAACUUAUUUUUUGCCAUUAUCCCGAUUAAUGUUCUGUUUUGAUUCUGUUGUCUUUUGACUUUCAGUGUUUGCCAUAUGCUUCACUGAAAAUAAUGUGUGACUGUGCUGAUAAUUGAUAAUUAAUUAUGAGAUAUCAAAUGUAUCAUAUUCUGAAUGGUGUGGGCAGUUUUUUUUUUGGUUUAAGGUGUUGUACCUUUGUCUUUGUUACCAUUGUGCAUUGCAAUUUUAUACUUCAAAAUAGAGGUUGGACUAUGUAAUCAAGCAAAUGUAUGUAACAAUAAAAAAACGCAUGGUGCCUUCGGGGUUUUUUCCCCCAGAAAACGUAUUAAACAUGUUUGUAAUUUU